GCGGCGGCGGCGGCACCAUGAGGGUUAACUUGGGCGCGCUCUCCCUCUUCGUGGCCCUGGUGGGACUUUCGAGCUUCAUCUUCCUCGUGGUGGCCAUCGCCACCGACUUCUGGUACAUCAUCGAUGCCUCCAAGCUGGAGGCGUCCCAGAACGGCACGGACGCGCUCAGCUCGCACUCGGGGCUCUGGCGGACCUGCCGCGUGAGGAGUGAAUGCUACCCUUUGAUAAACCCCUUCUGGCACGAGAAUGCAAACAUCACCGAUUCACACAGACAGCUGUUGUACAUGCAUGGAACAUUUGUCAUCCUGAUGCCCCUCAGCCUGAUACUGAUGAUUUUUGGAGGAAUGACUGGAUUCAUCAGUAUUCUUGCCAGGGCCUACCUGCUGCUCCUAAUGACUGGACUGCUUUUCCUUUUUGGAGCUCUGGUUACCCUGACAGGGAUCAGUGUCUAUAUUGCAUAUUCAGCUGCUGCCUUCCAAGAAGCUGUUUGCCUGCUGAGGAGCAAGGAUCUCCUGGUGGAAAUUGACAUCAGGUUUGGCUGGUCCCUGGCACUGGUGUGGAUCUCCUUCGUGGCAGAGGUGCUCACUGGGGCCGUGUUCCUCCUGGCAGCAAGAGUGGUGGGUCUGAAACGGCAGCGUGAGCAGGCUCUGUGA